AUGACUACCUAUCAAAAGUUGGUAAAAGGCGCCACAAAAAUCAAGAUGGCGCCUCCCAAGGCCAAAUACGUUGAUCCAAUCCUAAUGGGAACCUCGGAGCCUCAUGACUUUCGAGAAAUUAUACAUGCUUUGGAGAGCAGAGUCAUGGAUACAGCAUGGACUGUCGUUUAUAAAUCGCUAAUUUUGGCGCAUAUCAUGAUUCGAGAAGGUGAAGCUAACGUGACAAUAAAGUACCUUUCCAAUCACUUGGAGUUUUUCCAGCUCAAGGACAUAUUUCAAUCCAAACUCUCUUCAGGGGAUCUACAAGCAUUACGGCGGUACAAAGACUACUUAAAAUGCAGGUGCGAGCAGUACGCUGAGACAGGAAUAGAUUACGUACGGGAUGGAAAUUCCAGCUUGAAAGGACCUGUGGCUGACGAUCCUAAAAAGUCACUAGAUCGCGUGCAGUCUUUGGAGCUACAGGUGACGGCUCUUAUCAAGAACCGGUAUUCGCAGUACGAUUUAGGCAACGACUUGCUCAUGACUGCUUUUCGUCUUAUGGUGCAAGAUUUGUUGGUCCUUUACAACUCUUUGAACGAGGGUAUUAUUACACUGCUGGAGAGUUUCUUUGAACUGACUCAUCAAAAUGCCGAGCGGACUUUGAAGCUAUAUAAGAGAUUUGUGGAAUUGACCGAGAUUGUUGUAAAAUAUUUGAAAACAGGGAAAGCGGUCGGUUUGAAGAUUCCAGUAAUCAAGCAUAUUACUACAAAAUUGAUAAAAUCAUUGGAAGAACAUCUGCGCGAUGACGCAAAUAAGGGUCAAACAUUUUCUGCAGACGAUUCCAGAACUCCUGCGCAGCGGGAAUUGGAACAGAUUCGGGAACAAAAGAGGCUUCUCGAACAACAGAUUAAUUCGCAACAACAGAUGAUAAUAUCCCCAACUAUUCCUCAGCAGCAAACGGGCUACAACCCAUUUUCGGAGGGUUUUAGCUUUGAGCAGGGACCGGUAACAGUGCAGCCAACAAGCAAUCCUUUCAUGGCGCAAGCGCAGCAGCAACAGUCACAGGUGGCCGCCCCGCAAGUUCCGCAGACCUUACAAUAUCAAAAUACUCAACCACAGGGUCUUCAAAUUCAAAACACCCAACCACAAGGUCUUCAAAUUCAGAACACGCAAGGAUUACAAUACCAGAACACUCAACCACAGGGUCUUCAAGCUCAAAAUACUCAGGGAUUACAGUACCAGAACACCCAACCACAAGGGUUUCAAACCCAAAACACUCAGGGAUUACAGUACCAAAACACCCAAAUGCAGCAGCAGCAGCAGCAGCAGCAAAUGCCCGCUCAAGGUAUGCAAUACCAACAAACCCAAUUGCCGCAGGUAGCAUCUCCCCAGGCGCCUGCUGUGCAGUUCCAACAUGCCCAGGCCAAUCAGCAAUCGCCUCAACUACAAUCUGCCCACACGGGCUACUACAGCACCAAUACCCAAGUGACGCCAAAUUUCACAGGCGCUGGGUUCGGUGGUUACAGCUCUCCUCCUCCUGCUGGUGGUGCCGCUGGUGGUGCUGCUCACCCAGUGCAGAUAUCUUCGCCCACGGGAUCGAACAAUCCGUUCUCGCUCGACAACAUAGCAAAAGUCAACGAUGAGCGCGAGAGAGUCAAUCCCUUCUCACAGACCAGCCAGAACGUGGGUGUGGGCGUGAACGCUACCGGGAACGCUAAUCCGUUCGGCGCACAACCACAAGUCCUCAACCAACACACGUUCGGAGGACUGGAAAACUUGCCCACGGUGCCAGUCUUCCCCCAGGCCCAGCAGUACCCUCAACAAUACGCCCAGCAGCAGCAGCAGCAACAGCAGCAGCAACCUGGCCGGCACCCGUACCGCGGCGAAGGCCCUAAUCUCAUCGACAUCUGA